CGCCGCCGCCGCCGCCGCCCUCGCCCGCCGCCCCAUCCCGUCCCGAGUCCAUGCCGCCCCGGCGCCGGGGUGUCACCUCGUCGGCUGGCUCCGCCACGGUGGCCGCCGGCGCCACCCGGCAGCGCGCCUCCACUUCCCUGGCCAAAUCGCUGAAACCGCCCGCCGAACACCCGUCGCCGGUCAUUUCGGUCGAUGACGACCCGGCCGACUGGCCGGAUGCCUCGCUCCGGGCACUGGACGAGGCCUGUCGGUGCCCCAUCUGCCGGGAACUCAUGACGGUGGCCCCGGUCAUGUCGCUGCGGUGCCGACACACCUAUUGCUCCAUGUGCGUGAUGCGCGCGCUGGAUGUCAUGUCGCAAUCCAGCGCGUCCCUUCCCCCGGCCACGGUCGGUCGAGAUCAGUGGACCUUCCAGCCGGACGGCACCCCGGUGGCCGUCCCUCCCACUGGCCAGGCGGCGGCUUCGCUGGACACCGGCGGCCAGGCGUGCCCGGUUUGCCGCGAGCCCAUGACCCUGUCCGAUAUCAUCCCCAACGGGCAGCUCCUGCUGACGGUGAAGGCCUUUGCCGCGGCCCGGCCCAGUCUCUUGCGUUUGGCCCGGCUAGCAAGCCGCCCGGGGCCCCUGGCCGUCGGGCUGCUUUCCCCGCUGUCCAGCUCCUCCGGCGAGGAUGGCCAAACGGCCAUCAAAGCCGCGGCCAGCCUCCUGCCGGGCUUGGGGUCACCGGAAAUCGACGUCCUCUCGGUGGAUGCCGACAUGGCGCCGGCGCCCGACACACCCCGGCGGACUCGGACACGCCCGGCCCUCGCGGGCGAUGACCUCCCCGGCGGCGGUGCGUCGCCGGCCAAACGAGCGCGCUCGCGCUCCCCCGCGCCAGGUCGCCGGUCGCCGGCCAGCGAGCGUCUCACCGCGCGGCUUGAGGCUCGGCGUGCUUCGCUGGAUUUGACGCGCGGCCUUGGCCGGCCUGUUGGCAGGGCAGGCUCCUCGCCGGGGCCGGCCGCCAGCCGGGCCGAUGUCGAGGUCCGCUUCAUCCGGCCGUCUUCGACUCCGGCCUUCCCAUCACACUCGCAGGAGCUCAUCGACAUCGAGCAUGUCCAGCCUCCGCCGGGCGGCCUCGCGGCGACGCCGGCACUCGCCGGCUCGACGUCCGAGUCUGAUUUGGACAUCAUGUCGCUGGGCAUCUCGGCACCGGCGUCACCGCGCUUUGGGCCGGCGGCCGAGGGGCCCGCGCCGCUGCUUGGCACUGGGCCGCCGCCGGAGGUCAUGGCCCCCGGCGCGCCGGCGGCCCCCGGCCCAUCGCCACCCCUGUCCGAUCCCCCCGCCGUGGACUUGCCCCAGCCCGCCAUGCCGAACGCGCCGGCGGCCCCCCCGGCCGGGGGGCCCCCGUCCACUUCGUCCUCCCUUUCGGCCGGGGAAGUUGAUGUGGUCUCGGUGUCGGAUGACGACCGGGCGCUGGCCGGGCAUCCGCCCCGCCCCGACACUCGCCCCGCCCCGCCAAGCCGCCUCAUUCCGAAGACCGUGUACACGCUGAUGACCGACAAGAAGAUCCGCGAGCUUCUCAACCAGUGUGGUAUCCCCAGCCGGGGCCCGCGAGCCACCCUCGUAUGGCGGCACAGCGAGUUCCGUCUCCGGUGGAAUUCCUUCGUGCUGUCGGACUCGACCGGUGCCGCGGCGGCCGCCACCUCGGCCGGCAGCCUGGCCGACUCGCCGGACGCCCAGCGCAUCGUGCAGGAGCUUGUGCAGCUCGAGCAGGCACGCUCAGCGGUUCCGCGCCUUCCCGCGGCCAUGGCCGGACGGCUGAGCUCCCUGACCGGCGACCCCCCGGUCACCGGGGACCGCUUGCCCAGCACGGACACCGGUGACUCUCGGUCCUCCUUCGCUCACCUGCUACGCCUUGCCCAGCUGAGCCGGCAACGCAGCCAGCCGUCCUCGCCGGACCUGUCGACUGGCCUGCCCGAGGAAAAAGACCCGGUGGUGCCGGCCGUCGACCCGGAAUAAGCCCCCCCCCCCCCCCCCCCCCCCC